UGUCGCGGAAGGAACGGGGUGUUGCACUUGAAUCUCGGACUACAAAAUUACAUUCCGCAGAUAAAUGUUGAAAGUUUGAUACGGGGACAGAAACCUAAAUAAUUUUAUUUCCGCCAUGACAUAAAACUUUUGUUUGGGGGUUAUAUCUCUAUUGUCUCUUCUGCUUCAAAAGAGCGAAGUUCGCAAUUAAUCGCUAUGGAAGGACUACAAGCGUAGUUGUUUUUUUAGUUAACAGACUGGAAAAUGCCGUAGUUCUUCUUUCCCCAGUUUAGUUGUUAUUCGCCUUUGUAUAUAUUUAAAAAUGCCACGGGAAGUUCGUCUACUGGCCCUACUGAUCGUGCUAGCAGUGUGCACGGGUCGGUCUAGGGCGAAAAUUACCAUCAGCUGCGAGGCCGUUUGUGAUCAGGUGGAGAGCGUCCACGGCGAGGAGGACAGCGAGUGCGACGCCGUCUGCCGCAUGAAGCAGUGUAAAGAUGGCUGUCUUGACUGGAGAGAAGGAACGCGCUCGUCCUGUCAACAGAUAUGCACUUUGCACGGCUGGGAGAGUGAAGACACAAUGUUUUGCACAAUGGGCUGUGUCUAUGCGGCGCAGUCUUACAUACGGCAGAUUGAAGAGCUGAUCGGCAAGCCCCCCGCCCCGCUGCUGGUGGGCAAGAGCGUGAGUGGGUCCAGCGUGGGCCUUCGCUGGACCGGUGCCCCCGAGGUAGAGGACGUCAAGUACCUGGUGCAGUAUCAGCAGAACAAGGGGCCUCCCGAGUGGGUCUAUUACAGGCCUAGUCACCCGGUCAACGCUACGGAGAUCAUUGUGGAGGAUCUGAAGCCUUAUACCAAGUACCAGUUCCGCAUUGCCUGGCUGGUUCUGCCUCGUCACACGCCCAUCCUCUCCAACCCGAGUUCGUGGAUCAGCACCCUCGCCUCGGGGCCUCCUCGCUCGCCCCCGCGGGAACUCCGGGCUGUACCUCUCGAUUGGUCCCGCGUGGAGGUGUCGUGGGAUCCGCCUCUCUUCCCUGGCGGAGAUCUCAUCUCGUACACGCUCUAUUCCAAGGAUGCUGAGGGAAAACAGGAGAUGAGGGAUAACAUUGAUGCUAAUAGUGAGAGGAGAUACAUUCUCUCGGAAUUAUCGGCAAACACAACUUACAUCCUGAACCUCACCUCCACCAAUCGCCAAGGAGAAGGACCAGCUGUUGUUGCUCAAGUGACAACCUAUCCUACAGCUCCUGCUGUUGACGAUGGCCAGGGUUACCUGCUACUUACCUCAGGGUCAAGGAUCUUAAAACUAGGACUAGAUAUUACGGACGCUCCUCAACAUCUGUACAACGUAUUGGAGCACCUCAAUAUUACAGGAAUGGCUGUCUACAUUCCCUACGACGUGAUCUACAUCAGUGACACAGGCGGUUCCAUCACGCAGCUGAUCCCAUCUUCGAAAAAAGUCUACACGCUGUUGACUCAAGACCACCUCCAUGGCUACCCUCUGAGCCUCUCUGUCGACUGGCUCUACUAUCACCUCUACUACAUCGUGCACCUAGAGCCUACAAUGAACAACGUGUGGCAGUUAUGGAGGUGCAACCUGAACGGAAAACAACCAGUGCUGAUCUACGGGGAACUCCAUUACGAGCCGAAGCAUCUACAGGUGGACCCUUACAAUGGAUAUAUCUGGUGGAUCUCCGAGGACGUGGAUGGGGGACUGUACCGCCUUGACAUGAAUGACAGCGACGAGACGAGGGAGCCUGAGAUCGUGCUGAGUUCCCCGGAGCUUGACUUGGGCGGCCUGGUGCUCGACCCGCCCAAUUUCCAGGUCCUCGUGGCGGACAGGAAGAACAACGCGAUGCUUGCUGUGUCUCUGGACGGCACUUCGGUUACCAACCUACGUGCCAACACCCAGCGCGCCUUCUUCCAGCACCUGAAGUCGGUCGUGCACCUGAACAGCCGCUUCUUCUGGACUGAUGGCAGUGAAGUCUACACUGAGGAACUUAAUGAUGGCACUUUCUAUCAUAUCAGUUACGUUGUGAUGAACAGCAUGAACACCGGAGACGUCGGGACCCUUGUCGCUGUACACGGUUCAACACAGCCUGUUCCUGUUCCACUUAAUCCACCGACUGAUCUGCAGGCUGUGUUCACCCGCACUACUGCGUCCCUGCGCUGGAAUGCCCCUGCUCUGCCUGCGCUGAUGGGAUCGCGUGCAUGGCAAAUGUGGCGGUAUGAGGUUCACAUCCAGGAAGGACGGAAGACAAUUUCGGACAAAAACAUAACCAGGACAACAUACCAGGCCGUUAAUCUAAGGCCGGGAACUUUUUAUAUCAUCAAGGUCCAGGCGUACUCCCUCGGGGGAAAGGGGCCCUGGAGUCGAGAAUUCCGAGGUCGUACUCUCGACGCCACUGACGACGCCCCUCAGUUGGUGUGGGCGACGGAGGACAAGAUAGUCAUGUCGAACCUCGUCGGGAGUGACAGUUCGGUGCUCGUGCCUCAAGAAACGUUGCAGACGAAGCUGAAAGGCGAGAAGAUCGUGGACCUGGCUUUUUUUCGAGAUACUCUGGUUAUGGCUGUGAGCAACCAGAGCGUCUUUCUGAUGAACAUGACAGCCUCGACGUUUGCUGAAGUGCCCAACACUCACGGCGUCCUCUCGGUCUCCGUGGACUGGCUCACACAGCGCCUGUUUUGGGCUAAUCCUCACAGGCAGAUGAUCGGGUGGUCAAGCCUGCAGGGGACGUCGCAAGGGCCCCUCAAUGUGGUCACAGCAGCCAGGGAGGUCCGCGUGGACGCCCUUCACGGCCGCCUCUUCUGGACGACGCCCCACGGCCUCCUCGUGUCGACUCUGGCGGGCAGGAACGUCUCCACGAUCCACCAGGAAGGCAUCUUCAGUGGCAAGCAAGUGUAUGGGCUGACAGUGGACACCUUUGGAGCGCGUAUUUGGUGGAUUGUUCGAGACGGCGAAGGUUGUAAGCUGUUUGGUGCUUCGAUGAAGGACAAGGUUGUUAAGUUUCCUACCAAGGCGCUUCCACAACCGGUUAUGCUUGGUCCCAUGUGGUACCUGAGCGAGCGCCUCCUGUGGCUCGGGGAGGACGGGGACCUCGUGGUUUCGGACACGAGCCUCAACAACUCGGCCGCCCUGCACACCUCCAGCCUGGGCAUGUUGCAUUUCACCGUUAUCUUGCCCGAUUUGCAACCCAUGCCAGCCAACGUGCUCGAGCCCCACGUGAUCCCAGGCCAGAUCGACGAGACCUCCGUGGUGGUCGAGGGGACGUGGGAGGAAUUCGUGCUCAGCUGGUCUCCCAUCACCAACAUCAACUACGGCAACCUUUUGUACGAGGUCAUCAUCGACAACGGCUCCGGCAAGAAGGCGAUCCUGACCAGAAACAACUCCAUUCCUUACGAGGAGAAGCUGCCUCCAUAUUCUCCCCUGAAGUUGUCCGUGAGGGGCAUCACGGACUGGAGUGUCGGCACGAGGCUCAUCAAGACGAUACGGACUCCAGCGUCGUUACCCGGCCCUCCUCAGGACCUGCGGACGUUCGUACAGAAGGUGCAGGACACAGUUGCAAUCAUUCACUUGCGCUGGUCGGCCCCCGAAAAGCCCAACGGUGAGAUAACAUCGUACGAGGUGAUCUACUGUGCCGGGGAGAGCGACGAGGGCUGUAGGAGCGUUUCGGUGGAGGGGAGCCAGAACCAGGUCAUGGUGGAGAACCUCAGUCCCGAUCAAGUCUACAGGUUCAAAGUUGCCGCUGUGAACGAAAUAGGCAAAGGGCCCUACAGUUCCGAUGUGACAGAGGGCCUGCAGCAGCACAUGCCCACUCCUUCCCUCAUCGUUGUCGCCGGAGAAGCCCUGAUGAAGCUAGACGCCGACCUGCAGGAGGAGAGAGAGAUCCUGAGUGAGAAUUCGAGAGUGCAGUGGGUGUCCGCUCUCCUCUCCAAUUCCUCCUUCGCUUGGAUGGACAUGAACUCGGACGUUUAUAUUACGCAUCUGACCACGAAUUAUACAGAGAGGCUCCUCCGUCUCGGCGGCCAGGGCGUGGGUUUGGCCGCAGACUGGGUCGGGGAGAUCAUCGUAUGGGCCGAGAGACCGUCCGUGGGCUCGAGGGAUAUCAACCUCCAGAUGCUCGAGAUCGAAUACAAGACCGAGAAAUCUCUCGCCAAAAUCAACUUCAGUGAUCCCAUCAAGAAAUUCUUGUUGUCACCCGCCACGAGUCAAGUUCUCAUGCUCCACGAAAGCUAUAGAGGUUCGAAACUCUCAAUAGUGAGUUUCGCUUACUCAAAAAUCGUGCAGGAUGUGUUUAGCCAAGAAAGGAAUUUGGAAUGCACUUGCUCGAAGAACCCCAGUCUUGUGGGCGGAGUUGCCUUGGAUACGACCAACCUCACGCAUCCCGCUCUGUACUUCGUGGCCGGCGGGAGCUCCAGCGAAACCCCCAGGACGACGGUCGUGUACAAAACGGACUUGCACGGCUGUGACUGCGAGUCGGUGUUUGUGCCGGAAGACUUUGGUUAUGGGCCUUGUGUCGAAAUAGCAGUGGACUUUGCUCAUCUCUACUGCUACGUAGGUGUUAACCAGACCCUCCUGUGGCUCCCCAAAACGGGCACUGUCUCUGCUGACUCUAUUCAUGCACAAUAUCUCUACAAUGCAACGUCUCUCAUCCCUCUGGAUCUUGCAACACAACCAAUGCCAGAACCCGAGUGCCUCAUAACUUCGAACUACACAGACCUCCCUGAACUAGCCGGCAGUCAAGAAACAGCCAUUGCCAUCAAGCUGAAAAUUCCCGAAGUCAAAGUCGACGCGUGUGGAAACCUGCCCUUGCCCCCCGUUAUGUACACUGUGUACUAUGCCCCCGUGUCCAAUUCUGACGAAGGCUCCUGCGUGACGGACGCGAAGAACUGUAGGCAGAGGAGGAGUACAAACAACGUCAUCACCGUGGACGGGCUGCAGCCUUUCACGCGAUACGUUUUCCGAGCUUCCGUUGAGACGGUCUACAACAACAGACUGGGAAUCGUAUCUAUUGCCAGUCCCUCUGCCAUAUUCAAGACUAAAGCAAAAGCCCCCGAGAGCGUGGGCAAGAUCACGGCCGAGGUCCUGUCGCCCGAGGAGAUCGACGUGAGCUUCGAGGCCGAGGCCGACCAGGUGUACGAGAUCCACUGGCAGGGCGAGGCGUCGAGCGCGGGGCCCCUGCGCUUCCACGUCAACAGCACGGGGAGGUUCCAGAAGACGAUCACCAAGCUGAGUCCCAACACGAAGUACGAGGUUUGGGUGCGAGUCUACUCCAAGGACAAGCUCCUGUAUACAGACAGCCCAAGAGUGGCGGUCAUCACACUGCCGGAAUUACCGUACCUGAAACUCGAGAAUGCGACAGCCCGCGCCCUCUACGUCUCGUGGAUUUCGCCUUCAGAUCACUCCGUCCUUCGCCAUGUUAUCCAAUACAUUCCCCGGGGACAAACGCUAUGGAACCACUUGUCCAUGGUACAAACAUCACCUGGACACAAGUACUUAGUCAACAUCACCGACCUUGUACCGGCCACCUCGUAUUUACUGAGACUGAGAGUGAUUUACAGUAAUACGCUCCACUCUUUCACGUGGCCGGGGAAGCCUUUGUUUAACUUUACAACACUAGGCGAGGUCCCAGGCGAACCCGGGCAGGUGAUGCGGCAGACGAGCGCCCUUUCGUCCAGCGUGGGCCUGCGAGUGUGGUGGAGGAAGGCGCAGUCCAACGGGGCGCCUGUCAUUGCGUACACACUGCAGGCGGCUCCUUAUACCUCCGACCAGCUGGAUGGGAAUAGGACCUUCACGACGGUGUACAACUCGACGGAAAACUUUUGGCUGAUAGAGGGCCUCGAGGAGUCCUCCAGCUACAUCUUCCGCGCUCGGGCCAUCAACGAGCUCGGCGUCGGGCCGUGGGGCAAGGAGAACCUCAUCGACACCGUGAUCGGCCCCAAGAUGCUGCCCCAGACAGACCUGCCCACAAUCCUCGCUUCCACCAUUCCAACAUCUUUCGUCUUCAUUGCCUUCUUGCUGUUCUGUCUGGUUUAUGGCAUGAAGAGAGCCGAGAGGAGGAGGAAAGUCAAGGCUGUGUCGGUGAGCGAGUCAUCACACCCUCACCAUCACCACCUGAGGAACAGAGAGGUCGAGCUGGCCACUCUUCGACAGCUCCCCACCAACAACAACUUCGUGACGGAGAACAAUGUGUUGUACAACCUCCAUACUUUCCCUGGCGAUGACUUAGACCUUCCUCAUGUUUCCCGCCACUGCAUCACGUUGACCAAAUUCCUGGGAAGUGGAGCCUUUGGUGAAGUGUUCGAGGGAACCGCUUGCGAGCUGCCAGGGCUGCCGGAAGUCACCAAAGUGGCAAUUAAGACUCUCCGCAAGGGCGCCACGGAGGCUGAGAAAGCAGAGUUCCUGAAGGAGGCUCAGCUGAUGAGUCACUUCCAGCACGAGCACAUCCUCCGCCUGCUCGCUGUGUGCACCGACCACGACCCUUUCUUCCUCAUCCUGGAGCUCAUGGAAGGAGGCGACUUACUGUCCUACUUACGCACUAGUCGAGGGGCCGAAUGUGGCUUGACCUUAGCUGACCUUGUGGCGAUGUGCGUGGACGUCGCCAAGGGCUGCGUGUACCUCGAGGAAAUGCACUACGUCCACCGUGACCUGGCCGCUCGGAACUGCCUCGUGUCCACAACCGACCCCGAAUCGCGCAUCGUGAAGAUCGGAGACUUCGGACUUGCGCGGGAUAUUUACAAGAACGACUACUACAGGAAAGAGGGUGAGGGGCUCUUACCCGUGAGGUGGAUGUCCCCGGAGUCCUUAGUUGACGGCGUGUUCACCAGCCACUCCGACGUCUGGGCGUUUGGUGUCCUUCUGUGGGAGAUCCUGACGCUGGGACAACAGCCGUAUCCUGCGCGGACGAACCUCGAGGUCCUUCACUAUGUCCGCAGCGGAGGACGCUUGAACAGGCCCCCUAAUUGCCCCGAGGAACUGCAUAAACUGAUGGAAAGGUGCUGGAGUUACAGCCCAGAGAACAGACCGACGUUCAAGGAAUGCCUCAGUACUUUGCUUAUGUUGGAGGAGACCAUUUCAGCCUUACCUGCCCUUGCCGUUCACAACGUGCAUUAUAUUGGGUCAAAUGGUCCAUAUGGCUUAGAUAACCUGGCUUAUGCUGUAGAUCGAGAUGAGAACCACAAUACCAAUUCAGGCAACUCCCUGGUGAGCGCCAACGGCUGCUCCGCGACCAACUCGUGGUCCACGCAGACGAGCAGCAGCGUGGCCAACCUGGGCCCGAGGAGAGGCAGCGGGCCCGAGGACCGAGCCCUGGGAGGCGAGGCCGAGGAGUGCGACUCCUUCUCGGGGGCGAGCACGCUGCCUCUGACGGCCCCGCUCAGGAGGCACCAGCAGUACCUACAGCUGGUGAACGAGCCCUCGCCCACGUCGCCGCCCGUGUCCCCGCGGAGUGAGGCGUCCUCGGACUGGCCGAGGUUCUCGUCGUCCGCCGAGGCUCCUCCGUCGUCGACCAGCCUCAUCGCGGCCGCCCAGGCACCCCCUUCGUCGUCGCCACCGGGCACGAGCCACGCGUCGCCGGUGCCCGAGUCGCCGACCAGCGUCACCUUCACCUUCCCUCUGCCCAGCCUGCAGAGCGUCGUGUCACCGCAGCACUACCUCAGGCCCUCCAGCAACAAGGUGUUCGCGGGGGCCUCGCGCCCGGGCUCGUCCGAGAACGAGGAGGAGCUCGACGCCGGCUUCAGCCCUGCGCAGGCGGACAACUCCUACGUCAACAUGUCUGCCGGGGCGGAGCUGAAGCUGAUGGACGAAGUCACAGAGGCCGCAGACUUGGAGAAAAUCAACGGCGUGAACAUGAGAAUCAAAAGAGACGGUGACUUGCAAGCGGAACUGGACAACCAUCGGCUUAGUGGGCUGUCAGGCCUGUCAGCCGUCAGCGGGAUGACGUCAGCCUCGACUGUCGACCUCGACCACAGUCCCAGUCAGUCAUGGUGUUGAGAGUGACGCGACUUCGACAUAAUGAAAUACUUAACACGGAGGGUAAUGAGCUUUUAAGACUUGAAUGUUAACAGACUUCUGAUGCCAACGUUUGUCUAUGUGUGGUUAAAUCCUCAUUCAAGAUACCAAACAACCUUUAUGCUAUCUGUGUCCCAUUUAGCUCCCUAUGUUUUCAAAACACACACACACACACACACACACACACACACACACACACACACACACACACACACACACACACACACACACACACA